AUGUCUAAUAGCAGUGCCAAUAUCCGACGACAGAUAGGCUUCUUCAAGAAGCAAUUGCAAAAAUUCUGUUCUGAGGCAACCGAUUCACUGAGGGAAUAUGAUAUUUCACCAACUGCUCCACGACUCGAGGUUCUUGACGAUGAUGCAAUCGAAACCUUCCGCCUGGAACUCACCACCAUCCGUUCCAACCUGCUCAAGAACUAUGCCAAAAUCACAAAACUGGACGAGGAAUGGAAUACACUCCAACAAGCCAACCCCGAAGAACAGCAGGUACUAGCUGAAUACAUCAAAAAAUAUGGAGAUUAUCAUGACAGUAUCGCUGAUGCCGUAAAACAACUGGAAGUGCUUGACGUUCUUUUGAAUUCUAUUGAUCAAGAGUUUGCACGCCGUCGUCUGCCUGCUUCCUCUAUUUCGUCUGAAACUCAUACUCCAGAUGAGGACCAACUUUGGAAUCGCGGUACGCUCCAUACUUCUACCAUCCCUCAAAUCUCGGAUGCAUCUCUAUUGAACUUUGUCGACGCCUCCAUUCUAUCCAAGCUCGAGCUGCCCACCUUUGAUGGAAACCUUCUCGAUUACCCAGAAUUUCAGUCUAGAUUCGCUACCUUAGUGGGAAACAAACUCCAGCUGGAUGACACCACCAAGUUUUCUCUCCUGAAAUCAUGUUUGCGAGGCAAAGCACUGCACGUCAUCCAGGGUUUAUCCAUAACUCCUGCCAAUUACAAGGUGGCAAUGGAUAUCCUUCGCACACACUUUGACGAUAAAGUCACCUUAAAACACAUUCUGUACACAAAGCUAGCCUCACUUCCAGCCUGCGAUCUCGAGGGCAAAAAUCUUCUCUCUCUUUAUAACCAGAUGUACUCGCUUGUUCGACAGUUCUGCAAUGGCACCGAUGAUUCAAGCGAAAAGGCCCUCGGAGCCCUCCUCCUGAAUAAGCUCCCUCCCCACGUCAGAAGUCAAAUUUACGACCGGACUCAACACGAUCACAAUGUUUCUCCCACGGAGCUCCUGCACCUACUCACGAACAUAGUACGCAAAGAAUCCACGCUUUCUGAAAUGAAUUUUUACUCGAAGCAACAACAUCCAAGCUUUCAUCAAGGAGCGUAUGUAGCCAAUAAGCAGUCUCAAUCCACUCGUCUCAAACCCACUGGCACAAGGCAUCCGCAAAAUUGUUCAUUUUGCAACUCUAGCAAUCACUCGUCUCUGAACUGCCCGAAAUACGCUACCCCUCGACAACGUUCUGAAGAAGCACGAAAACGGCGGCUCUGUUAUAAUUGUCUUUCUCCUCAUCACAACACGAGAGAUUGUCCGUCAAAAUUUCGUUGCAGGAUAUGCGCGAGGAAACACCAUACUUCACUUUGCACAUCCUCAAGGUCACAAUCCCCUUCCCGUCCAACACAACCCACUUCGCGUCAAGACACCCAUCGCGGGAGAAAAGAGUAUACUCGACAUUCAAUUCCUCCUCCAGAAAUUCAACAUGGCAAGCCAUAUUCUCCUAACACUUCUCCAUCAAGACGUCAUAAUCGCACUGUCCACUUCGACCUCGCUCACUCUGCAAUCAUUGACAAUCAACCAUCGUCAGAAACAGAACAAUCGGUACCCACAAUUUCCUCAGAAGACACUUUAACCAACGUCACCUUUAUGUCGAAUGAAACCUCCAACCGACCAAUCCCCUUGAUGUGUGCUGAAGUCAAGCUGUUCAAUCCCGAUGAUUCAUCGCAUCAUGUAACCGUAACCGCCUUUCUUGAUUCUGGUUCUAGCAUUUCCUAUAUCACGGAUGAACUGGCGACUAUUCUUGAUCUACCUGAUGUCACAACCGAGACAGUUACUGUUUCGACCUUUGGAGAAAGGACGCCACGAAGAAUGAAAUGCUCGGUUUACAGAGUGGGGAUAGAAACCGAGAAUGGUGCCAAAUGUUUGACGGUGAAAUCUACUCCCUUCGUGGUUGGAGAUGUAGCACAAAUUGCACCCGACAGCGACUUAUCCGUAAGCUCUUGUAACCCAUCGAUACUGAUUGGAAAUGAUUACUUUUGGGACCUCAUACUCUCACACAAUUUCUACUACAAGAACUUGUCCGAAGGGCAUCGCCUCCUUCACACUACGAUCGGCGACAUCAUCCUGAACAAAGCCCUCGAUACGAGAUACAACAAUUGUAGCCUCGUCGCUGUCGAAAAUAAUGAUAUGGCAAAUCCGGCACACCACAACGACUUAUGUGAAAUGGUCAGUCGAUUUUGGAAACUCGAAUCGAUAGGGAUACUGGAUAACCCAAAUCAAUGUGAAGAUACAGAGUGCCUUGAUUAUUUCAACAACACCAUAUACUAUGAUCGUAAAGAGAAACGUUAUGUCGUCUCACUACCUUUCAAAGAGGAUCCAGCAAACGUCCCAGACAACUACUCACUAGCGUAUUCCCGCCUUCGCAGUCAACUGAAGCAGUUACAGCAAAAUCCAUCAUACUUGAAGAUGUACCAUGCAGUGAUUCAGGACCAACUGCGAAGAAAUAUUAUUGAAUAUGUACCAAACGAUGAACUUUACAGGCCAUGUCAUUAUCUAUCUCAUCAUGGCGUUGUAAAGAGGGACGACAAAGGCCUGAAAAUUCGUUGUGUAUACGAUGGCUCCGCGAAAAUGAAGGGCCAUUUGAGCCUAAACGAAGCCUUGUACAGGGGACCAGUUCUCCUUCCUGAUCUCGUCGGUAUCCUUAUCCGGAGCAGGUUGUGCAAGUAUCUUAUUUCUAGCGACAUAGAAAAAGCAUUUCUUAUGGUUGGUCUAAACCGUAAUUCUCGAGAUUACACCCGAUUUUUAUGGUUGGACGAUCCGACUGCAUCACUCUGCCCCGAAAAUAUAGUCACGUAUCGCUUUACGCGUGUUCCUUUCGGGCUAUACAUCGAAGAAAAAACACUGGAAGAAGACUCAGUGGUAGAAGCAAUAACAAAUGAUACGCCACGACAUGUACCAUUCCUGACGACCUUGACUCAGACUAUUGAGAAGGCCUGGCAAAUUGUAACCACUAUCCCUUCUUACCUAUUCAGAAUCUUAGUCAUGUUUGUAACUCUCCUCUUUCUCUUAUAUUUCUUCUAUAGUGGCCUUAUAAGAUCUCGACAGGAUUAUCUCUAUCGCUUCAAUCAGAAGAGACGUUGA